UCGAUUUUUUGUACCACGAGGUCUUUAAAACAAGCUUAAAUUAAUAUUACUUUUUCAGAUAGUUUUGGUGACGUCACCUCUAUUUCGUUCAUUCAAAUUGGUACCAUGACGUGACUUUACGCCUAUAGCAUUAUUGUUUUAAUGUCAAAUUUAGCAAUCUUAAUAAAGUUCCUCUUUCGCAACGGAUACAACAUUACUUACUAUUAUUUGCUUAAAUAAGUGAGUAAAUCUACAUUGUUUCGAUAAAAAGCUUAUUAGAAAGUGAACGUAAAUAUUAUAGGUAGUGGCUGCAAUUGUUUAGCAAUGGAUUUGGACUUAGAAAUUUUCGAGUUCUUGGAAGCCGACGAAGCUGCUAACUCCGAAGAGGUUAGAUCAAGAAAACGCCGUCGUAUGCGUUUUCGUGCGGAGUGUAAUCCCUUCGACUUGGAUGAGGAAGAAUUUAAAAAAAGAUAUCGUUUAUCUAAAGUUUUAGCACGUAACCUAUGCGAUGACUUGGAGCCCUUGAUGAAGAAACCCUUAAGGCCUUCAGACUUGUCUGUGGAGACUAAGGUAUUGAUUGCAUUAUCUUUUUAUGCAACUGGAUCGUAUCAACGUCCCAUAGGCAAUAAUGAGGGUCAUUUUGUAGCACAACAGACUGUCUCAUCAGUCAUUGCACAGGUUACUGCAUGCUUAAACUCAUCGCAGAUAAGGCGAAAAUACAUACAGUUUCCUACAACUGAGCAAAACCGCAACCGAAUUAAAACUGAAUUUUACAACAAAUUUCAUAUACCCGGAGUAUUAGGUUGUAUAGAUUGUUCACAUGUGGCAAUUAUACGUCCAGUAGAACAUGAAGAGCGUUAUUAUUGCCGCAAGCAUUAUCACUCCUUGAAUGUUCAAUUGAUAUGUGAUGCAGAAAUGCAAAUAAUGAGUGUAGAUGCAAGUCAUGGUGGUGCAACUCAUGAUUCUUUCAUUUGGGCGAAUCAUCCAUUGAAAACUCAUUUGGGACAUCUCAGCAACUUGGAGAAUACUUGGUUCCUUGGGACCGAAGGGUUCAGUUGGAUCAGCCCUGAGAUAGAGGCUGAAUCACUAAUCAAGUGGGAGAUCAACCUUGAAGGAAAAGGUAUUGUUGAGGUCGCCUUUGAGUUAUGGAUCAGAAGCGAUUGCGAUUCUUAG